GCUUGCGGCCGAGGCUCCAACCACGACUGACAAAGUAUCGCCGCCCUCGUCUUCCCCGGAAUUGCCUCUGCUUGUCCAACUUCUCCUCCUCCCCCAUGAACCGCGUCGCCACUUGUCAUCACAUCGCCAACCGCCAGCUUUCGUGCGCGAUACGAAAGAGACCCUCGUCGCUUGCUCUCAUCCCAUCCAUCGACGCCCCGCGCCCCGCUCGACGUCGCCUCAUCACCAACGCCUCCCAGGCAGCGAAGUUCCCAAAGGGUACUCGUUUUCACUACGCGCCCCGGCACUUCGCCACGAUGGCCUCCGCGACCGGAUUCUACGACUUCAAGCCGCUCGACAAGCGCGGGCAAGAGGUUCCCCUCGCCGACUACAAGGGCAAGGUGGUGCUUGUCGUCAACACGGCCUCCAAGUGCGGCUUCACCCCGCAGUACGCCGGCCUCGAGACCCUCUACAAGUCCAUCAAGGACAAGCACCCCGACGACUUCGUCAUCCUCGGCUUCCCGUGCAACCAGUUCGGCUCGCAAGAGCCCGGCUCCGACGACGAGAUCCAGAACUUUUGCCAGGUCAAUUACGGCGUAACCUUCCCCAUCAUGCACAAGAUCGAUGUCAACGGCGACAAGGCCGACCCGCUGUACGAGUGGCUCAAAGCCGAGAAGCCCGGCCUCAUGGGCCUCAAACGCAUCAAGUGGAACUUUGAGAAGUUCCUUGUCGACCGCAACGGCCAGGUCAAGGGCCGCUGGGCCAGCACCACCAAGCCCGAGGCGCUCGAGAAGCCUAUCCUCUACGAGCUGGAGAAGAAGCAGUGAGAAAGAGGCUGGUCGCGCGUCGAGGCCUCUUGUGAAUCGCAGCGGUGAAUUGGUGACGACAUGGGACGCAACUUGGAAGGGUGGGGAAACAUGUAAUGCCGAGAUACCUUGCCUUUGAUGACACGCAACGCACGAGUCCGUCUUUUCUUUGUGCACGCAUUCCCCUCAUGUCCGCUAUUCCGUACUGUACUUCGUAACCAUAAUAUC